GUCCAAGGCUUGGUGUAUUGGUCCAAGUUUUGUGGUUUAUUUGUCUCGAUUCUUUUAGCAGACUGCAGAUAACACCUUCGUAUCAUAGGUUUGGGGGUAUGUUUUAUGCUAAUGAUUUUAGAAUGGGUUUUUAGAUUAUUAUUUUUCAUAACUUCAAUUUAUUGUUUUUAGGUUCAUAAUUAUUGUUUGAAAAGUUUUACCAUGAUAUUUGUUAUGCAUAUCAAGUCUUUAGUAGGCCUUGGUUUUGGUGGGUUUUGUACUUGAAGCUGUAUCGAUCUAAACUGCAAUUAUAGUUGCUCAUGAAAGUGGUCAUCUUUUAGGUGCUUGACUUCAAGGAAUUCAUGUAAAUGAAACUAUUGGCACUUCAUCUCCGUCUGAUGAGAUGCACAUGGAAUCUGAUGAUGGUAUCUUUAUAUCGGAGGUUGAUAUUAUUACGUCAUCACAGAAAUGGAAGUUGACAAGUCCAAAUGGAAGUGGGAAAAGUUUGGUGUUUAUGGCUCUCCGUGGUCUUUGGCCUAUUAUCAGUGGACGCAAUGGUAAACCUUCCCACAAUGCUAAUGACGUGGGUGAAUUCAGUUGUGGUAUAUUAUACAUUCCUCGGAAACCUUAUAAGAUCAAAAUUUCUAUCAUCUCUCACAUGACCAAGCAGAAAAGAAGAGUCAGUUAUGGUUGGGGAAAAGAUAGCGACAUAAACAUCUACAGUUCAGAGUUCAGACUACUCAGAUCUUUACGGCUACGAUCAUGGGGAGUCUCUGAAGCUUUGCAUCAGCUAAAUAUUUGAAAUUAUUGGCAUUGGGAGUGGUUAAAUGAGGUACUGUCUUCAUUUAAAAGUUUAUCAUUUUUUUGGGGGAGUAAGACAGUAAGUCAGGAAAUCCUACUCGAGCCAACUUUGUUGACCUGGCAAGCAAACCCAGGACUUCACCAGUACCCUAUGGAACCGGGAAAACUACCAGCCAUCCACGAACCUGCCAAUCUGGAUUAUUAAGCCGGGUCAGGUGGCCUUAAUAAAGGCACUAAUAAAAGUACUCGUAAUGAUUUAAUGGCCUAAAUGGAUUAAACGGGUUGAACAGGUUAAAAGUUAUCUAAAGCGUAUCCAAGUGCCCAAAAGAGUAGCCAAAUGCCCAUAUGAAUAUCCCAAUUGGCUUGCUUAGAAUAGACAACACUAUUAUGCUCUACUAUAGUUUCAGAUAGCUCACUGCAAUAUUCCUUCAAAGAACUAGCAAUUCUCCAUAAACUGCCGGAAAGGUUGAUUUUAACCGUUCCCCUAAUACCCUUUGACUUUGUAUAAGUGUUGCUUUCAAACCAUACCCAUAUGAGAUUUUGUAUAUAUUUGCUUCCAGCCAUCUCAUAUUAUCUCCCACCGCCCUUGUGACGGCUAAAGUUUAUGUGUCAUUCUUUGCAAUCUUUUGUGCAGACCAUUCUCAGUUGAGUUCAAUGGGUUACUAUCCUUAUUAUAUUUCAGACUGAAUUAGUUGGAGCUGAUUUAAUCAACGGAAUUGUUGUAAUAUCUUAACUUACAAUGUUCAGUUUUAAUUUAUAAAAUGUUAUCUGGACAACUCAAACAGCUGCACGUGAGCAGUGACCUAAAUAACGUCAUUUUCUAAUAUCAUAAAUUACAGUAUCCAGUUUUACGUUGCAGUGUAUCUCAGCAGUAUAAAUAUUGCAGAUAUUUCAAACUAACGUGGUUAUGUUUA